AUGGCAAGCAUCACCCAGCUUCAAUAUACCGAGCAGCGUUUAGCGGAUGAGAUCCGAACCAUAGAAGACACUAUGGCGGAGUCUGUACGGAACAGAAGAAAGUUGAAUGAGGAUUUUUGGCCUCGGUAUACGCAGAUGGACCGCCAUACUGACGCAGCGCAACAAGCCAAGCAGCAGUUCCAGGAUGAUUUGAACCGCAUGAUCGAGGUGGAGAUCUUGAUGAAGAAGAGAAAGACGAAACUGCUUGAUUUCUUGCAAUGA